AGUCUACCACCGAGUGAGCUGGCGACCUCGGCUGUCCAUAUCGGCGACUUAGAGCGAGCGGCUCGAGACAGAGGGCGAGGCGAGGAGGCAGAUUAUUGGCACUGCGUAUUGGCUCUAGUGAAGGAACAAUUAGCUGCUAAGACCGAGGCUGGACCCAAAC